AUGGAUACUAUUGACGAAUCAGUCAACCCGUGCCACGACUUCUACCAGUUUUCGUGCGGCAAAUGGAUUGACAAUAAACAGAUACCGGAAGACAGGCCAGCGGUCAAUCAAUUUAGCGAACUGUCCGAUAAACUUAAUAAACAGCUUAAAGGACUUAUUCAAAAUAUAAACCUCAAGACAGAGAGCCGACCAUUCAUACGAAAUAUCAAACAUUUUUAUGACAGUUGUUUGAAUACAUCCCUAUUGGAACAGUUAGGCAACAAACCAUUGGACGAUCUGAUUGCCAAACUGGGCGGUUGGCCAGUGGUUAGUGGCAGCUAUUGGUCAAACAUCCAGUGGACGGACGUCUAUCUGAGACUACACGAUGUCGGUGUCAUCAAUAGUAUGUUGUUUUCGUUGGACAUACAGAUUGAUGAUAAAAACAAUUCAAGAAGAAUAUUAACUAUAGAUAGGUCAUCGUUUGGUUUGAUGAGUCGCGAUGCUAUGCUUAAGGGAGACAAUGAUAAGUCGAUUAAGGCAUACAAGACAUUGAUUACCAAAACAAUGGAAAAACUGGGAGUCAAUCAACAAGUGGUCGAACCGUAUGUCGAAAAACUGUUUGCUUUUGAGCUACAGUUGGCUAAUGUAUUGGAAAUAUUUCUAGUUGAUUACAUACUAUGGCGGGUCGUCCAAAGCAAACUGUCCUAUUUGGACGAAUCGUGGUAUCAAUUGAUCGAAAAGUUUUGGUUUGUCAUAACUGGCCAAAAAAGACGGCCACCCCGUUGGGAGACACUGGAGGAGGCAUUGAAUAAAUUAGAUAAACUUAAAGUAAUGGUCGGAUAUCCGGAUCAGCUUAUGGAUGAGCCAAAAGUGGCCGACUAUUAUCAAACAUUAUCAAUUAAUAAUUCAGACAAUUAUUUCGGUAAUGUUAACCAUUUGCACAAAUGGUAUCUGGAUUUGGAUUUCGCUAAAUUGAAUAAACCAGUCAACCUAUGGGAUUGGCGUGAUAUGGCUUCGGUAGUCGUUGUCAAUGCCUUUUAUUCACCGGAGAGGAGUCGGGUGUUAAUGAUGGCCGGCAUACUUCAGGGAGUUUUCUACAAUAAGGAUAGACCUAAUUAUAUGAAUUACGGCGCCAUUGGCCACGUGUUUGGUCACGAAAUAACUCACGGUUUCGACGACGAGGGUCGACAGUAUGACUCCAGCGGUAAUUUGAGGAACUGGUGGGAUACGGAUACCGAUGCUCGGUAUAAGAAAAAAGCCGAUUGUUUUGUCCAACAGUACAGCAAUUUUACUGUCAAUGAAAUAUCCAAAAAACUCAACGGUAUUCACACUCAGGGCGAGAAUAUUGCCGAUAAUGGAGGUAUCAUUCAAUCGUAUAGAGCAUAUGAAAAAUAUGUGGCCGACUGGGGACCAGAGCCUAGACUACCGGCGCUCAACUAUACGCCCGAACAGUUGUUUUGGAUCAGUUCAGGUGUUCAGUGGUGCUCUAAAUCAACCAAUGAGUUUCUAUUGAAUAUAAUGCUAAACGAUGCUCACAGUCCCUGUAGACAACGAGUCAAUGGUUUUGUUUCAAAUUCAGUGGACUUUUCAAAAGUAUUUAACUGUCCAUUGGGUUCACCAAUGAAUCCAUUGAAUAAAUGUAAAAUUUGGUAA